GCUAAUCGAUACUUCGUCGAACAGCAAAUUUAUGGGCUUUCGAGCUCAUACAAAUGCGUACCGAAUAACAGGUUUAUUUCAUUCGCGUGAUGACAUUUUCCAUGCUUUACUCGAAAAAUUCCCUCAAUUAACUAAACCACUCGAGGAGACUGCAUCGGUGACCCGACAUGUGGUUCAUCACAUUGUCACCCGUGGACCACCAGUCACGGCAAAGCCUCGCCGACUAGCACCGGACAAAUUAGCUUUCGCUAAACGUGAGUUUGACAAUUUACUAUCUACUGGUAUUAUUCAUCUUUCUCACAGUCCAUGAGCCUCACCACUCCACAUGGUUCGAAAGAAGGAUGGGAUAAGUUGGCGACCAUGUGGCGAAUACCGAGCACUAAAUGUAGUCACGCGUUUCGAUAGUCACCCCAUCUCCCACAUACACGACGUUACGGCAUCACUCAAGGGCACGACUAUCUAUUCCAAGAUCGAUCUGGUACGGGCAUACCAUCAGAUCCCAGUCGCCCCUGAGGAUAUUGAGAAAACUACUGUCACGACUCCUUUCGGUCUGUUUGAGUUCCUACGAAUGCCAUUUGGAUUACGGAACGCUGCUCAAACUUUCCAGAGGUUUAUCGAUAGCAUAGUACGAGACUUUGAUUUUGUUCACGUCUAUAUUGAUGACUUGGUAAUCGCAUCAACAAACGUAGAUGAACAUUAUCAACAUCUUAAACUCUUAUUCCGACGUCUCUCAGAUAAUGGAAUACUAAUCAACCCAGAUAAGUGCGAACUCGGCAAAGCAGAAAUAAAAUUUCUGGGUCACGUUAUUAGGCAUGAGGGUAUUCUACCAUGUGAAGAUAAAGUACGUACAAUCAUGGAGUACACUGUACCGUCUUCACUCAAAGAACUGAAGGCUUUACUCGGUUUGGUCAACUUCUAUCGACGUUUCAUUCCUCACGCCGCGGAACGGUUACGACCACUAACCGAUCUACUUCGCGGGAAUCCACGUAAACUAGAAUUGAACGAUGACGCGCGUACUGCAUUUUCCGAAAUUAAAAGAGCUUUGGCUCAAGCCACGCUCCUCGCCCACACCGACUCAUCAGCCACGCUCAGUAUAGUGGUUGAUGCAUCCGAUUUUGCUAUAGGAGCCGUCAUGCAACAAAACAUCUCUGGAAGUUCGAAACCUUUCGAAUUUUUCUCACGACGCCUUACUACCACGGAGAUGAGAAAUAGCGCUUUUAGUCGCGAACUGCUAGCAGCCUACUGUGCCAUCGAACAUUUUCGGCACGCAGUAGAAGGUCGUAACUUUAUCCUUUUUACCGACCAUAAGCCUCUAACGUAUGCUCUUCAUACAAAAUCUGACCGCUACUCACCACGAGAGUGCAGACAUUUGGACUGUAUCUCUCAGUUCACGACGGACUUUCGUCAUAUUGAAGGCGAGUCGAACUACGUUGCCGAUGCUUUGUCACGUAAUCAAAUGAAUGCAGUUACUUUACCAGUGCUCGAUCUUUCUACUUUGGCCGCCGCCCAAGCGAACGAUCCUUCUUGUUCAGAAGCACAACAAACCACAUACCUUCAGUGUCAGGAAGAGCCCCUAGCUACUACCUCAAGCACUAUCCUGUGUGAUACCUCUAACGGUCUACCUCGACUCAUCGUACCCUCUGCUUAUCGUCUUCUCGUCUUCGAUGCCCUUCAUGGUCUGUCUCAUCCAGGUAUCGCAGCUACAUUACGUCUCAUCGCUGCACGAUACGUCUGGCCUUCCAUGAACAAAGAUGUCUGUAUGUGGGUGAAGCAAUGCUUACAAUGUCAACGAUAAAAUUGCACAGGCACGUAGCCGCCCCCAUCUGCACAUUUGCUACGCCUGAUGCUCGCUUCGAUCACGUUCAUAUUGACAUUGUAGGACCAUUACCACCAUCGCAUGAGUAUGAUCACAUACUCACGUGCAUUGAUCGUUUUACAAGAUGGCCCGAAGCUAUUCCCAUCACCUCUAUUACGGCGGAAAUAGUCGCUCACCGCUUUGUAGAACGAUGGAUAGCUCUGUACGGUUGUCCCUCGACUGUCACAACUGACCGAGGACAACAAUUCGAGUCCGAACUAUUCUCCUCGCUAACUCGGCUGCUUGGUACGAAGCGCAUAUGCACUACCACCUACCACCCAGCUUCAAAUGGUUUAGUCGAAAGGUUUCAUCGCCAACUCAAAAACGCUCUUCGAGCACACGAAAACAACAAUUGGUACGAAACCUUACCGCUCGUCCUUCUAGGCAUCUGAACGAGCUUAAAGGCAGAUAUUCAAUGUUCCGCCGCUGAAUCGGUAUACGACACGACAUUGCGUCUGCCUGAAGAAUUUUUCACACCAAGGAGCAGUGAUAACUUCAAUAAAUCAGACUACGUCCAACGACUGUCUGCAUUUAUGCGAGCACAGCCUCCGGUAUCAACUCCAGUUCAACAUCGACAGGUUGCUCUCCCCCGAGAGUUAUCUACCUGCUCACAUGUUUUAUUCGAGUCGAGUCGAGACGCAAACCUUUGCAACAAUCUUACGAAGGACCUUUUCACGUGAUUUCUCGUCACGAAAAGACCUUCAAGGUUGCUCGACAUGGCUGCGUCGAGAUAGUCAGCAGUGAUCGUCUCAAGCCAGCA